ACAGGGUGAAUGACGGCAUUGCUUCGUAUGUGUCGGUCGGUUCAGGAUGCGAGGUAAUGCUAGCUUUUAGCUAAUACAGUGUUUCUCCGUACGUUUAGAUCACGUUAUUUUAAUAUAAAUUGAGUUUCAUUUAAAAGCGUAAGGACUUUUUUAUACGGAGUGACAUAUAAAGUAAUAGAAAUGCUUAUUUUUUAAGGUUAAACUGUAAAGAUUGCCGUAAGCUAGCUAGUGCUCGGCAAAGUUGGCGCAUGCGCACACGGGUUUUUUUUUAGUGACAGCGUUGUAUGGCCAAGCAGCUGUUAUUGUUAGUUAGUGUGAAAUAUCGUCCUAGUUAGUAUAGAACAUGGGUCCAAAAAAGAAAAGUGCCAUCCCAGACAGAUGGACUGAUUAUAAAGCAGUGGGUAAACAGAUCCCAGGCACGCGCUUCAUUGCAUUUAAAGUACCUUUAAAACAGGCUUUGCACAGGCAUCUGCAUGAAUCAGAAGUGUUUGGACCUUUGGAACUGAUGGAUGUGUUAAAGAAGGAGGGUGAAGAACUUGGUCUUAUCAUUGAUCUCACUUUCACCACACGUUACUACCAGCCCCAGGAUUUGCCAGACACACUACACUACCUGAAGAUAUUUACAGCAGGGCAUGAGGUGCCGAGUGACUCCACCAUCCUGAGCUUUAAAAAGGCAGUAAAAAGAUUUCUGCAUGAUAAUCAGAACAAUGAUAAGCUGAUUGGAGUUCACUGCACCCACGGACUAAACCGAACUGGAUACCUCGUGUGCAGAUACCUGAUCGAUGUAGAUGGUGUUGAACCGCAUGAAGCCAUCGAUCUGUUCAACAAGGCACGUGGUCACUCUAUAGAGCGGCAGAAUUACCUGGAGGAUCUGAAAUCAGGACCAAAACGCAGUAAUGAUGGAAUGGACGAACCAGAGCAGGAGCCUGUUAAGGGUGGAGCCAGAAACAAUAGGAAUGACUCAACUGUCAUAGGACCUCACUCUUCUUUCAGGAGGAGAGAAGAUUAUCAGGAUCACUUUGAGUUUGUCAACCAGAGGUGGAGCAACAACCAUGCGAGACCCUGUCUACCUCCUCGGUUUCCCACACCCCCUCACAGAGCUCCUCCUCCUUUACUACCUACACCAUCUUUCAGGGGACCACCUCCUCUCCUACCCAUGCCUACUCCGGGUGCCUGGUUUGAUUAUAGAGCAGGCCAUUACCCCGCUCCUCCUCCAAACCCCAACUUCAUGCCACGCUACACCUUCGGAGAAGUGCCUCGCGGACACACUCGCCGAAACAAAAAGCCUAGAACUAUUCAUAAACACGCUACGGAUACUCCAUACUCAUACAUGUAAACACUGCAUUCUCUCUAGCCUUGAAAGUGUUCACAUUAACAAAGAGGUUACAGAUUAGCAAAAUUUUAUUGAUAUUUAUCAUUUUAGCUGUAAAAUGUAAACCUGUAACAGGUUAUUAUUAUUAAAGUUUGUAAAACCUCAGAGCAGACUGUUACUCUGAAAAUCUUGUCAUUUUAAAAUCAUCUGUUUCUGUAGUACACUAGCCUUACAGUAUGUGUCAUGAUCUGUACUCUGCCACAACAUCCAAGAAAUGAGGUGUAGAAAUAUGGAAAUAGGUUUUUUUUGCUGGUCUUGACUUUAUUUGCACAACGGGAAGGAUGAAGGCAGCAGAGGUUGCUGGGAUGGGCAUGGUCAUCCUCUUGAUAUUACCUUUAAAACAACACUUGAGAAACCCACCCUGGUUAGUGUAGCUUGGGUACCAUAAGUAGUUAAUGUAGAAAGAGUUUCUCUGUACGUUUCCAUCUUAUUAAAGUCCAUUUAAUUCCA